UUCAGCUAUGCAUUGUCCAUUGCUCAAGCUCUCAUUUUGCACAUUUUUUUCUUCAUAAAAACAACAAAAAUUUCAAUCAAUUAAGAGACUGCCGUUUAUUAUUAGGUGCUUUUGUGUUAAAUUCAGAGAGAAAAAGCUGCAAUGGUGAGCUACGCGAUUCAUUUGGAGAAGAGCCGCUUCCUUGAGAACAUUAGAAGCGGGAAUUUAGAAGGAGUUGAAAAUUACGUCUCAUGGAAGUUUCCUUUGAACUUCAUUGAAAGAAAUGGAUAUGAAACUCCACUUACAGCGGCGAUAGUUGCAAAAAAAUUCGACGUAGUGAAGUACCUAGUAGAAAAUGAAGUCAACGUUGAUUAUAAAGAUGGUAAAAAUUGUACACCGUUGCACGUGGCAAUAUACGAGGAAUGUCCUUUAGAUAUUCUAAAACUACUUAUAAAUAAGGAUGCGAGUAUUAAAAAGCAAAAUUAUCGUCCAUCACCACAAAAUACACAAAGUUUAGAAUCCACCAAUAAAAACAUUUCUGAGGAUGCAGAAAUUUCAGAGGUUAAGGAAGCUGACUUGGAAAAACAAGAAAAGCCUAACACAAUUACCCAAAAAACUAAUGAACCUUAUUUUCCACAACUAUACACUGCCAUUUGCAGUAAUAAAUUAUAUAAAGCUCGACAGCUUUUAGAAGAUGGAGCAGAUGUUUGUGAAACUGAUUCAAGAAAGGAAACUCCUCUUGUGAAAGCCGUUGAAUUUGGUAAUCUCGAAACAAUCAAACUUUUAUUCGAAUUUGGAGCGGAUGUUACAAUGCAAACUGCAUUUUUGAAGGCCAUAACUUUAGGCAAAAUCGAUAUAAUUAAUUUUUUUAUAACAAAUAAAGUGAUAAUUAAUUGUAAUUAUCGGAACGGAACUACACCCUUAAUAGAAGCUGUUACAUGGUGUAGGAAUUUAGAUGUGGUGAAGAUUUUAAUCGAAAAUGGUGCCGAUGUUAAUUUUACUUCCAAUAAAGGCGAUCCACUGUUUAAAUCUUUGGAACGGUCGUAUGCGGAUUGCGACAUUGCGAAAUAUUUAAUAAGUAAAGGAGCGAAAAUGGCGGCGAAAUGGUUAAAGAAGUUGAAUUCUCGAAUUGUGAAACAUUUAAUAGAAAUGGAAGUUGAACUGAAAAGUAUCUUGCUGGGCGAUUUUGUACGUAAUACUAUAAUAAAAGCUGUGGAAACUAAAAGCGCCCUUGUUGUCAAAUACCUUUUGGAACAAGGCCUCCCAAUCGAUUUAUAUGAUAAAAAUACAAAAAGUCCACUUGCAGUUGCUGCAAAAAAUGGGUCUUACUACAUUGUUAAACUUUUGGUCGAUGCUGGCGCUGAUAUUUAUUCAGCCAAAGAAGAAUUGGACGAAUUUGCCAAUCAAAAUAACGACUUCUAUGUUUAUUAUCAAAGUUUAAAAUCAAAACUUAAACCUACACAAAUUUCUGAAGUUUCUGUCGACGAAUCUCACGAAGACUAUGUUGUCGUGGCGUAGAAUUUCUUAAAAAUAAUAAAAAACUAGUAAUUAAUUUA